GACGGAAGUACAGAGCAGGGAAGCCUCUUGUACCUCCUGAAUAGCUUACAGUGGACACUGGAUAACCGGAUCAUUAAUGGGUCGUUUUUAAGUUUUACCAGAUGUCAAAUAAAACCGUGAAACGUCCAGGAGUUGGGGUCGGGGUGCUGGUAACAGACUCAGCCCACCCUGGCUGUCUUCUCCUGGGAAGACGGAAAAGCGAAAUGGGCAAAGGGAAAUACCAGCUCCCCGGUGGCCACUUGGAGUUUGGGGAGACGUGGGAGGAGUGCGCACACAGAGAGGUGUUGGAGGAAGCAGGAGUGUGUUUGGUAAACGUCUGCUUUGCGUCAGUGGUGAACUCCAUCAGACUGGCGGAGAAGUACCACUACGUCACCAUAUUCAUGCGAGGAGAACUGGACAGGAAGCUGUCAGGAGAGCCAGAGAACCUGGAGCCGGAGAAGAACGAGAGUUGGACGUGGACGCAGUGGGACCGGUUCCCUCCUGAUGAGCAGCUCUUCUUGCCGCUAGCCGGUCUGAGACAGCAAGGCUUCCAGCCGUUCAGGAGCACAGUAGGAAACACUGAAACUCAGCGGUGAAACUGUCCUUCCCCCAAAAAAAUAAAACAUACACACCUCUUCAAAA